AAACAUCCCAGAUAUAUUUGUAUACUAGUCAAGCAUGCAUGUGGAUUGCUAGGGAGUUGAAUAAUGCAUCUGCUAUUCAGACACUGCCAACAUUUAGCAACAACCAACGUGUUCUGCCUGUUUCCUGUUGUUGCUGCUGCUCUGAAUCUCAACUCUGACACUGAGGAAGGGAGUGGAGUUAAAGCAGAAAACCAUACAGCAGGGUUACACCCGAGCACUGUAAGAUGAGGCAGUGGUGAGACUGUUAUGUUCAUAAGCGGCAUCAGAGCUCAGCUCUGCAGCUCACCCUUGUCCUUUGAAAGUGCAGUAUUACACGUUGCACAACAUGUUCACUUUCCCCAAUCUCAAACCUUUAAUCAUUUGAUAUAUUGAAUCAUUUGGAUAUGGUGACAAGUCAAACUACAACUACUUUGGUAGCAAAACAGAGCUUUAAAAAUCCAGCAGCAGUUUGUGUGGCCUUGGUCCCGCCCCUUUGACAGUGUGCCAGCCUACCCCUGUCCGCUUGUCCGGCUGCAUACCGCUUGAGAUUCCUGCUCCUAAUAUAGACUGAACUGCUGCGUGGGAAACGUUGAGAGGGGCUUGUAUGAAAGAAGAACGGUCGUGAGUUGAGUGUUGUGGAUCCAACCUUUAAGGCCACAUGCUGCAACAAUGCAACCAGCUCCCAUUCAGGUUCCAUUUAGAGGGAAGCGUGUGACCAGGAAUGCAGACCCCAAUGCCGAGGUGUACAUGAACUUCAUGAAGAGUCACUGCUGCUAUGAUGCCAUUCCAACCAGCUGCAAACUGGUCAUAUUUGAUAUCACACUACAAGUCAAGAAGGCUUUUUUCGCCCUAGUGGCCAAUGGUUUGAGAGCUGCCCCUCUCUGGGACAACAAGUUGCAAAGAUUUGUGGGUAUGCUCACCAUCACAGAUUUCAUCAACAUUCUCCAUCGCUACUACAAAUCCCCAAUGGUUCAAAUCUAUGAGCUGGAGUGUCAUAAGAUUGAGACAUGGAGAGAUGUCUAUCUACAGUGCUCCACUCAAUGUCUCAUCAGCAUCACCCCUGAAGCCAGCCUCUUUGAUGCUAUUUAUUCCCUACUGAGGCACAAGAUACACAGAUUGCCAGUCAUUGACCCAGAAUCUGGCAAUGUCUUACACAUUCUGACCCACAAGAGAAUCCUUAAGUUCCUCUAUAUAUUUGAAGGGAUGAUCCCCAAACCUCGUUUCCUACAGAAGACGAUACGGGAGGUUGGGAUUGGAACAUUCCAGAACGUUGCCACAGUUCUGCAGACUGCCACAGUCUAUGAUGCCCUGUCUGUGUUCGUAGAGAGGAGGGUGUCUGCACUGCCUGUGGUUGAUGAACAAGGCAAAGUGGUGGCACUCUAUUCCAGAUUUGAUGUGAUUAACCUGGCAGCUCAGAAGUCGUACAACAACCUGAACAUGAGCAUGCAGGAGGCCGUCCGCAGACGCUCUUGUUACGUGGAGGGCGUGAUCAAGUGCUACCCCAACGAGACCCUGGACACCGUCAUCAACCGCAUUGUCAAGGCAGAGGUCCAUCGGCUGGUCCUGGUGGAUAGAGGGGACGUGGUGAGAGGCAUCAUCUCCCUGUCUGACCUGCUGCAGGGCUUGGUCUUAACUCCGGCAGGCAUCGAUGCCCUUCUGUCUUAGCACCAUCAGUUGGAGAUACAUGCCUCCCCUUUCCACCAACUCCUACCCCCCUGUGCGUCUUCAUCUCUACUAUUAUACUAAAACUCACUGACUGUCUUGAAGAAACACUCCUUUAACUUCAACAGCUGCAUCCCAUGGCCCUGACUGACUUUGGCUACCAGUGUGUUCCCUGGAUCGACAGUAUCUUUAAGUAUAAAUUCCAAGAUUAAGAAUUGACAGUGGUAAAUUGCAUUGGCAUUGUUUUUUGUUUGUUAUUUUGUGUAUUGCAGAUAUUACAAGUCAAGUAAAAUGAGAGAACUAGUAGAUGAACAAUAUGAGUAUAAUUGUUGGAGAAAAGUCCGGUCAUCGAUAUAUAUCCUUGUGUUUAUUGGCUCCGACUUUUGUAGUUGUAUCAGUUCUAUGAAACAAUUGUAUGUUGUUGUAUUUGAUCAAAUUGAUCAUCGAGUUUUUGUUACUCAACAUUUUAUCGUUUCUAUAUAAAAAAAAAUCUUAA